AUGGCAGUGCUGUCAGACAACACCACAGGCACCACCAUCCUGCAUGGUGGCGGAGAUGCGGGGAAGCAUGGCAGUGCUGUCAGACAGUGUCAUCGGCACCACCAUUCUGCUGGCCCUACCCCUCUCUGCACCGCCUCCCCCAACCGAACCUGGGGGCAGCAGCAGCAAGCGUUGGGGGGGGCUGGCCCCUUUGAGCCCAAUGGCCCCUUUGAGCCCAGUGGUCCCUUUGAGCCCAGUGGUCCCUUUGAGCCCAGUGGCCCCUUUCAGCCCACAAGGCUGCACCUGCAAGUAAUGGCACACUCGACUUUCCGCUUAGCAGCGGGCAGCAUCGGGAGCAGCAUGGGGGGGAGCAGCACGGGGGGUGUUGGGGGGAUUUUGGCCGGCGGAGCGGGCGGCGCAGAGGCGGCGGUGCAGGCGGCGGUGGCGGGGCGGCGGGUGGUAGUGGUGGAUGACAACGCGGUGAACCGCAUGGUGGCGCGGCGAACACUGCAGGGCUACGGGGCACACGUGCUGCUGCUGGCUUCACGAGAGGACACCCUGCAAGCUGUCUCCUCCCACAUGGACCCCUCUCCCUACUCCCCCUCCCCUCCCAUCCAACUGGUGCUGCUAGACCUCCACAUGCCUCCUGACAUUGACGGAUUCGAAACGGCUCGGCGAAUCCGGCGCAUGGAGAGCGAACAGCAGCUUUCUAUCGUGGCGGAGGCAACAGCAGCCAACGAAGCAGACGAUGAAAGAGCUAGCCAGGCAGGGACAGCGGCAGCCGAUAAGGCAGGAACAGACGAAUCAGACAAAGCAAGCAAAGCAGAAGGAGCUAAUGAAGCAAGAGCCGAUGACGAGGCAGCGAGCGAGUUCAGUUUUCAGACGCCACAAGAGUCGACGACAGCAGCCGACAGUUCAGACAACGAAUUCUCAUUUCAGACGCCUCAAGAGUCAACAGCAGUGGGAGAGGUGGUGAAAGAAGCAGCGACUUUUGAGUCGACUCGAAAGACGGCAGCCGACGGUUCAGACAGCAAAUUCUCUUUUCAGACGCCUCAAGAGUCAACAGUAGUGGGAGAGGCAGUGACAGAAGCAGUGGCGGGUUUGAGAAGGGCCUGUCCUCAGCGGUUGUGCAUCAUAGCACUAACAGCAGAUCUGGACGUUGGGGUGAAGCGAGCGUGCUUUGAGGCGGGGAUGGAUGGAGCCGUGCGCAAGCCAAUCGUGGCGCAUGAGUUGCUUGCCGCACUCGUGGAUGCCGGGUUUGCAGAUUUUGAGAUGGACGAUGCACUUAUAUUGUAG